CCCAUUAAUUAAUUAAUACCCUAUAGGUUCAAUUCUUCUUGAAAAUCUACAGUAUGAUUUAAGAAAACCACUAGAUCAAUCUCGUUCAUCAUUAUUGUAUGUUACUGAUUUAUAUAUUAUGGGUAAAGCACUUGCUUUAGAAACACUUAUGCUACUUCAUUGGUGUCAAAAAAUGAAAUUAACAUCAGCUACUCUACAUGGUUUUUCUCUUGGUGGACAUAUGGCUUCAUUAGCAUUUACAAAAUGGUCUGAUCCACUUUCUCGACAAUUCUAUGAAAAUAAAAUUGUUCUCGAUCUUAUUAAAGAUAUGAUGCGUCUUGUUAUGGAUGACCUUACAUGUUCAUAUAAUUAUUCAUGUUCAGUUCAAUCAAAUAUAUCUAAUGCUAUGUUUAUUGCUUGCACACAUGAUGGUUAUGUAUUACGCGAUGGUAUCCCACAUAUGAAUGAUAUUAUGCUGUUGCUGAAAUGUUACAACGACAAGAACCAAAUGUAA